AUGUCCGCCCUCGUCCGCCCCCUGCAAUCCCUCAGACCAGCAUCCCGCCACCUCGCACGAUGCGCCUCCACCUCCGUCUCCCCGCCCUCCCCCGAGUCCUCCACCCCGACCCCUGCCGACCCUCAGUCGUCCACAUCUGCCCUCCCUCGACCCGCCUUCUCCGUCCCAUACACCCCUGUGCCACGUCUACCCAACUUCCCCAACACCUACAACUCCCCUUCGCACAAGCAUUACAACCACCCCACACCGCUCUUCACCCCACUACCCGCGGACCAAAUGCCCGAGGGCUUAGGUGAACAGGGACCGCAGGUGUUGGAGAACAAGUUGGCGGCUAUCACGGGGCUCAGCAGAACAGAGAUCAGAGGACUCUGCAAGUUUACUGUGCGAUCCAAGAAAGUGCAGCACAUGACAAAAAAGGGAAAGAUGGCGAGCCAGCAAGCAUAUGUCGUCGUUGGAUCACCAGAACGAGGUCUUGUUGGUCUCGGGCGAGGUCGAGGACACUCUGGUGCUACUGCACAGGACGACGCUUUCCAGAAAGCUGUAUUGAGUAUGGACUAUGUCAACAAAUACGAGUCCAGAACGCUCUGGGGUGAAGGCAAAGAUCUCGUGGGCAAAUGGGGAGCUGCCAAAGUGCACUUGCGUGCGCGACCUCCCGGAUUCGGUCUGAUGGUACCUCCCAUGAUCCAUCGUGUCUUUACCGCAUGCGGUAUCAAGGAUGCCAGUGCAAUGAUUGUUGGGUCCCGGAAUCGUCCAGAUGUUCUCAAGGCCACCAUCCAGGUUUUGCACGGUGGCGGGAACCCUUCCGGGUUUGGAACAGGUCUUUUUGGGAAGAAGGGACCUAGAGAGAACAAGGGCAGGGGGAUGAGAAGCAAGGAUGAGAUUGAAAGGGAGCGUGGGAGAUAUGGUGUGGAUGUUGGGAGGAGGGUUUGA